GUGCCGCAGUCUCCCAACUGCGCUCAGGAUCGCUCAGGUCCUCCUCCGUUGAGCGCUGGGCAUCAAUAUCCGCUAGAAAACCUAUAUGGGCACACCCUGAUACCCUUCCAUGCUCCCGUAUCAGCCAGAACUCUCGUCCAUGUCGCUAUGCGAGCACAAAUUCUUCAUCGACUUCCACCGUGCAAACUAGUAAGCGGAAGGCAGAUGGGCCACUACAAUCCAAGGCUCUCACUCUGUUGAACAAAACAAUAUCUUUGCUUCCUCAUGCAAUGCCAUCUCAGGCGGCUCAGGGACGUAGCAUUGUCGAUUCCUCUCAGUUCUGGACUGGUGUCUUGGGCAACACUAGCUCAGCUAUCUCCUCCCGCGAGCAAUUUCCGGCCAACGUCAUAGUGAUUGGUGUCGACGGGUGGUCGCAAGCACCAACGUUACUAUCGGCGUUAGUGGAGGAGCCAUAUUCAUCAGAUAAAACCUAUAGCGACGCACUCCAUAAUCGCUGGGCGGAGGGCCCUCGUAAAGUCACUGUUAGAUAUGGCUCACCAGUCCAGAGCAACAGCAGUGCUUUCGAAACGGAGGUCAUCAUUCCUUCAACAUGGCUGCAGCGGCUAGACGUCCCACUGCAGGUCACCGAGCUUCACCCAACGCUUCUCCGCAACGGUGAACCAAGCCCCGAGUCUGCAGAGAAGUUGAUUUCCGCGGACGCCGUCAUUCUCUCGUGGAACCCCCUGACGACUCCGGUUUCUGCGUUGAAGACGAAAGCGGGAGACCUUCUUCGGCGACCGAAUGUUAUCCUCACCAUCACUUCCUCCGUACCUGACUCCCAGAUGGAGCACAUACAGGAGCUCCUCAACAGAGACGACAUCCGCCCGGGGAAGAUUGUUACUGUCGACCCAUCACGUGGUCUCAGCGCCAUCAUGGAGCUCAAGGCUGAUCCUAAAUCUUCCUCUAGCGUCCUGAAGUACCAGAUAGACUUCUCGGGAUCGCAGGUGUCUGCCCUAUCUAUGAAACUGGAUGCGAUUCUUUCCGGCACUGUAGCCGAGGGUUGGAGCGUUGCGAGUCGUAGGGCUUUUUCGCAGAUGCACGCUGUGCACGACCUCAUCUCAAGAAUGUUGGACCAGGAGAAGAGGGCAUUGGGGAAGGUUCUCUGCAGUAUUCACGAUAUACGGCAACAAAUUGAGGAGCUGCGCGUCAAAGCUGAAGUUGACGUUUUAGGUCCAUCUGGAGAGAAAAAUAUCGUGAACGUAGCCUUGGAAUCGGCACGCAAAGAGCUAAAAGCCAAACUGGAUUCGCUGACGUUUUGGAGAAUGGUGUGGCGAAUUGACGAGAUAGCUUCAACUGUUGGUGCUACUUUGGAUGCACAUUGGUGCAAGCAUCUCGAGAGCCAGACAGGCAAAUUAUCGUCGCUACAGGACAAAUACACAUCUCAAACCAUGUCGUUCCUUGCCUCCCUUCAUGAGCCAUCCCCAGCCGCGAGUCUCCACUCGGCUGUUUUGGUAAAUCGGCUCCAGCAACUAUCCUCUUCUCCUUCGUAUGCUCUCAAUACGGACACGUUGACUGGGCCGAUAUACAAACGGCGUGCGCAGAUCCUCGGCUAUCCCACCCCACGCCUACACAUCAAGGCCCAGCAAGCAGUUGCCGGGACAUUUACCGGCCUCUUCGGUGGCGCCGGGCUUUCUUGGUGGCUCGCAUUCAGCGAAAACAUCGUUGGCAUCGCGGGUGCCGAAGCGGCCACCGCGGCUGGGGCAGGCGGCCUCGUUGCCGCCCUGAGCUUGAGGUGGGCAGUGGGCAAGUGGCAAAAGGCGAAGAAGCGAUGGCUGCAGGACUUUGAUCGCGUCUGCGAUGGAACACAGAGAGACCUUCAGGCGACAUUGAAGCGUGCGAUUGACGACAACGUAACGAUCAUCGCAUCUCAGGCCUGCGACCAGCUGCAGGAGCUCGCAGUCCAGCGAAAAGAAGAGAUUGGUCGCUUGCAGGACGAACUUGCGGCUUUGAAAGCCGAAUUAGACAAGGCUGGGUAGCAGACUCCCAAAGCUGAUGUUAUAACAGUAAAUUAUUUACUUAGAACUGUUUUACAAUCC